UGUUUUGUGUUUUGCGUGUUGACGCUUUUUUGCUUUGUUACAUGUGCCAGAAAUCGAUUAACGAAUGCUUAGACAACUAUUGAUUGGACAAAAUUUAAAUAUUAAUUAGCGGUUUUAUCACUUCGAACUGUCAGGGGGCGCCCCCUGGCGUUUGAAAAGUGAGAGUUUCAGUGGAAUAAACCGCAAUCGGCGCGCGCAGCUUCCUACAGUCGUCUACGCAGCGCCGUUGCGGUCGGACGUGCCUUUGAAAUAUUCAAAAGUUUUCACUGAAAACGUUUAAUAACGCAAUGAAUUUGUCAAUUUGUAUGCUAAUCUUUGCGGUCGUUUGCCUAGCGGCGACGUCAGCGGCGCCACAGCUGAGGCAACGCAACGAGAAGCAGGUUCUGGAGGAGUUGCCUCAAAAGGGCGCUACCAUCGAGGAGGUGGUGCUAGAGUCGAAUCUGCACAUCAGACCCAAGGCACGACAGAAUGUGAGACGCGUUCGAUCCCUGGUGGAUGAGACGCUUAAUCAAAUUUACGCUGCGCACAAGCGCGUGAAGCGUCAGGGACGCGGACGCGGACGCGGUGGAUUUGGUAGCAAUUCCCAAGUAGGCGCAGCUGCAGGCGGCGCUCAAAGUGGCGUCAAUGUGGGUGCUGAUCGCAAUGGCGGCAUUGCCGAUGCCAAUGUGCACUUCAACCCAUUCGGUCCCUUGGGCCCUAACGGCUACAACCAGGAACAAACGGCCUCAAAUGGUGCUGCGAAUAGCCACUUCAACAAUGGCUUCAAUUCCGGCUCAUCUGCGGCCAAUGCGCAGGCACAGGGCUUCCAAUCGCAAAGUAAUCUCGGCUCUUUCGGUGCCUCCUCCACCAGCACGGCUACCCAAUCGCAAAACUCAAAUCCAUUCGGCAACAGCAAUUCUGCCGGCGCCUCCCUUAGCCAAGUCUACAAGCUGCCCAACGGCCAGACCAUCAAUUUUGCUUCCACAAACAAUUUCGCCAAUAGCGGAUUUGGCAACACUGCCAGCAGCCAUGGCGGAGCUGUUUCUGUGACCGGUUAAUGGCAUUAAUAUUAUACAAGCUUUUGGAUAAAAAUGUGCAAUUGUGUAGACUCGAUUUGUAAUAAAAUUGUAUCUAAUUUCUACGCUUCUAACACGUCUGGCACU